AUGGAAUCAGCUUGGGAUCAAGAAAAAAAUUUCAGACCAUCCUAUAUUGUUAGUGUUGAACUACCUCAAAGAACGGGACCAGUAAAUGUGGAAGAUAUUAAAGCAGAUCUGUCUGAUGAAUUUUCUUUGGUUUCUUCAAGCUCAGACAUAAGCCAGAGAAGCAGUUUGGAGUCUAAGGGACAUAUUCAAGUUUGUCUUCGUGUUAGACCAUUCACCUCACUAGAAAAAGAAAAUGAAUAUCAGGAUUGUGUUUCACUUGAGGACUCAACCAGCAUCGUACUGAAACCCCCCAAAAACUCUUUGAGUCGGCUUAGUGAAAAGACUGCUGGACAGCUGAUACAGAAGUUCACUUUUUCGAGAGUGUUUGGACCUGAAACAACUCAAGAAGAGUUCUUUGAAGGUACUAUGAAGCAACCAGUGCAAGAUUUCCUAGAAGGAUAUAAUCGUCUUGUUUUUACAUAUGGUGUUACAAAUGCUGGGAAAACCUACACGUUUCAAGGUACAGAAGAUGAUGUUGGUAUUCUGCCAAGGACUAUGGAUAUGUUGUUCAAAAAUAUUCAAGGAAAACUAUACACAGCAAUGGAUCUCAAACCGCACCGGUGUAGAGAUUAUAUAAAGCUGACUAAAGACCAAGUGAGAGAAGAAACUGCUAUUAAAAAUUCAAUACUUCGUCUAACCAAAGAGGUAGACCAUCAAUAUAGCACUCAAAGCAAAGCACCACUUGAUUCUAAAGGUUUGAAAGAACUUGUAACAGAAUCGGAGGAAUCUAGCCCAAGUGGGGAGAAUUGCAUGAAAUUUUCUGUCUGGGUUUCAUUUUUCGAGAUUUACAAUGAAAGCUUUUAUGACUUACUGAUUCCAAUAUCAAAUGACAAGAAGAGAAAAACACUACGACUUGCACAAGAUGUCAAGGGAUGUUCUUACCUAAAAGAUCUGCAGUGGGUUCAGAUUUCUGAUUCUAAAGAAGCUUUUAGACUUCUAAAACUGGGCUUGAAACACCAGAGUAUUGCAAGCACGAAACUAAAUACUACUUCUAGCAGAAGUCACAGCAUAUUCACAAUUAAAGUACUAAAGAUUGAAGUUUUAGAAGCGCCACAAGUGACACGAGUCAAUGAAUUGUCACUUUGUGAUCUUGCGGGUUCAGAAAGAUGUACCAGGACACGGAAUGAAGGUGAUAGAUUGAAAGAGAGUGGAAAUAUCAACACCUCACUUCUGACUCUGGGCAAGUGUAUAAAUGCACUCAAGAAUAGUCAACAGUCCAAGUUGCAGCAGCACAUACCAUUUCGGGAAAGUAAACUAACUCAUUUCCUUCAAGGUUUCUUCAGUGGAAGAGGGAAGGUACACAUGAUAGUAAAUAUAAGCCAAUGUGCUUCAGCAUAUGAUGAAACGCUCAAUGUGCUGAAGUUCUCUGCCAUAGCACAGAAAGUUUUAGUUCUGGACAGUUCUAUUCUUCCCCAAGAUCAGUCAUUUGGUCAGAAAUCGGCAAGAGAUUCAUCACUUGGUGACACGAGAAUACCGAUAACAAGGAAAAGAGCUACAAUACUUUGGGACAGAAGCUUGGAAGAUCUGAUUGAAGGUGAUGAGAUGGAAGAACAGCAGAGUACAUCAGGAGAAGAGACAAUACAGAAAGAUGAAGAAAAAAUCGUUAUUGGAAAAGAAGAAUACAUGAAGCUGCUGAGCCUUAUAGAAGACCUGAAGAACAAACUUAUUGCUGAGAAGAAGGAAAAGCUAAUGCUGGAGCUAAAAAUUCGUGAAGAAGUGACACAAGAAUUUACUCAAUAUUUUGGACAGAGGGAAGUGGAUUUCAAAGAGCGCCUUUCUCGUGAACGGGAACGGCUUGAAGAGGAUUCUGAGAGACGCUUGGAAAUCUUUAAGGAACUUGUAAAUGGUUAUACUAAAAGCCUCGAUGAGGAAAAAUUACAGCAUCUCCCUUGCAAUGAGCAAGCUGGGUCUCCGCAAGGAGGGUGUAGCACUGUUCAAGACAGCUGCAGUGAUCUUGAGGUCAUUAUUGAUUCCCUGCAGAAGGAUGUCAUUGGUAUUAAAAAGCAAGCUGAAGCAGCACACAGGUACAUUGCCUCUAUAGAGGAUCCACAGGAGGCUAUAGGCUGGUUUGAAAAGCAGCUAGGAAAGACUACUGCUGAACUAACUGAGACUAAAGAAGAGCUGGCAAACAAAACUACUGAACUCAGAAAAACUGAAGAAGAGCUCUCACAGAAAAACAGAGAGUUAGAGAUGCAAAUGACUAAACUGGAAGAGUCUGCAGUGCAACUUAAAGAAGCAACUGAGAAAAUGAAUACCCAGAAUGAAAGAAUUCAAGAGCUAAUGGACAUUGUGGAGCAAAAAGAUGAUGUUAUUACAAGACUACAAGAUUUGAUAACUAACUUAGAAACAACUGUGAAAGAUUAUGACAGCACGGUAACUACGAUUAAAAGAAAACUGGUAGAGGAGAACUCUAAGAAAGUAACUGAAAGCUCCCAGCUCAAGAAAUGUGAGGAAACUGUGUUGGAAGUAGGAAAAAAACGUUGCUUUGAAAAUAAGCCUACUGUGGAAGAAGAGCCACCUACAAAGAAAGGAGCUAGUAAAGAAUGUUGGGAAGAUGAUGUGCUAGAGCAAGAGACAACUAAGUACAUGAAACAAAAUACUUCAGAAAGAAAUGCAGAAAUAGUAGCACUGAAGGGAAGAAUUGAAACAUUGGAAUCUCAGUUAGCUGCACUGGAAAAACAAUGUAGAAGAGAAAAGACUGAAAAAGAAGAACUUGUCAAACAGGUGGCAAACUUAGGCUUUGAUCUCUCUGCCUCUGAAGAAAGAGGAUCUGAUCUGAGGGAGGAACUUCAGCAGUGUCAAGCUAGCUAUCAAGAAAUUGUGUCUGAAUUGAGAAAGCAGAAAGCUAUAAAUGAGGAACAAGAGGAAAAGAUUAUUCUCUUACGUAAGGAAGUAGAAUGUGCCAACCAAAAUAUAAUUGAUAAAGUGUCACAAAUAAAAGCAAUGCAGUCCAAAAUAGAUGAUUUAUGUAAAUAUUGCUUAGAGUCUCAUUCUAUGGAUAUUGAUUUGGUUAAUCUAAAGGAUGACUUGCAAUCUGAAAAGGAUGAAUCGGAGAGAUCUCAAGUUGGUCCUUUAGACGUGCAAUCCCGAGCAGCUUCUACAGAAGACUUGAGACGGGACAGCUCCUUUCAUUGCAGCAUUGAAGGCAUUUGGGAAGAAUGCAAAAAAAUUAUUAAGGCUUCCUCACAGAAGAGUCAACAAAUUCAAGAACUACUUCAACAAGUUGAAAACUUAAACAAGGGUCUUGCUGACAGUGAAAACGAUAAAAAUCAACUAAAAAUAAAAUUAAGCGAGUUUACAAAUCAAGCUAGUCUGUCCAUAAAGGAAGAAGCUCUUGUUGAUCAAUUGCAAGAACAAAUCCGAAAGAAAAACGAGGAUUCUGAAAAACAGGCUGCUGAACAUUAUAGAGCAAUUGCACAGUUUGAAGAGGAAGCUUCCAGGUACAAAGAAAAAAUAAACGAGCUAGAAUGUCUUUUGGAGGCUUUUAGAAGCAAAGAUGACGACAAGGCAAAGUUAGAGCAAGUACUUAAGGAAAAAGAAUCUAUUAUUUUAAAUCUAGAAAAUACUACAGUAGUCCUGCAAGAGGAAUGUGCUAAUUCAGAAAAGAAGUUGAAAGAACUAACUGAUCAGGAAAUAAAUCUGAAGGAUCAGGUUGUGCAGUUGAAGAACAACUUGGAGGAGAUGAAACAUUCUCUUCAGGAAAAAGAGACAAAUGAUAAAGAGAAGGCACAAUCCAUUGAACUCCUGAGUAAAGAGCUCUCUGAGAGUUCUGCCCUCAUACAGAGUCUGAAAAAAGAUCUCCAGAGGAAAGAUGAAGAGUAUACAGAUUUGAAAGAGAAAUUUUCUGAUGCCAAGAAACAAAUCCAGCAAGUACAAAAGGAGGUGUGCACAAUGCGUUCAGAGGAGAAAUCCCUGCGGAACCAAGUUAAUGAACUUGAAAAAAAUAAAAAACAGCUUGGUGAAGAGCUGGAUAUCAAACAGCGCACAAUCCAGCAACUUAAAAAGGAGCUGCCAAAUAAUAAGUUGGAAGAACUCUCCGGACAGAAUGAGAAGCUACGUAAAGAUCUGUGUACAAAAGAAAAAAUAAUUGAAGAUAUGCGGAUGACCCUAGAAGAACAAGAACAAACUCAGACUGAACAAGAGCAAGUGCUUGAAGCUAAAUUAGAAGAGACUAACAGAUUAGUUUCAGAAUUGGAAGAAUGGAAGCAAAAAUAUAGAGAGCUGAUGUGCCAGAACAAUAGCGAUGAGCUGAAGAAGGUAUAUAAAGAAGAGAAAAGUAUAAAUGCAAAUAUGGAGGAAUCCAAGCUACAAGAAAAACUGAAGGAGUAUGAGGAAAAGUAUCAAACUGACAGAAAGAAGUGGCUUGAGGAAAAAAUGGGACUCAUAAGUCAAGUAAAAGAAGCUGAAAAUCAUCGCAACAGAGAAAUGAGAAAAUUUGCUGAAGACCGAGAAUGUCAUGUAAAGCAACAAGCAGAAAUUGAAAGACUUAAUGCACAGCUGGUAGAAAAGGACAGCAACCUUCAAAAAUGGCGUGAAGAAAGAGAUAAAUUAGUAGAAGCUUUGGAAGUACAGCUCAGGACUCUAGCUUCUAGCAUCACUCAAAAGGAUAAAGAAAUAGCAGAACUGAAACAGGCUACAUUAAAGGAUUCAAGAAAGGAGAAUGAGACUGUGGUAGAGGAACUAAGAAAGGAGUUGGCAGACAAAGAUGACAUAAAAGAUUUAAAACAAAGUCUUCACCAAGAUGACCUUCAGUCUUUAGCAGAAGUACCAUCACCCAAAAAUGAACAAAAUACGAUGGAUCAGUCUACAUGCAACAAAGAGGGCCAUUCAGACAUUGUCCUAGAUUCUUCUGAAGUGUCCACAGAAAACGGAAGAACUAGUCGGUUCCCAAAGCCAGAGAUGGAAAUCCAGUUCACACCUCUGCAACCCAACAAGAUAGAGGUGAAGCAUCAGGGCAGCACCUUGCCAGUAACAGUGAAAAUGCUCAAACCAAGAAGGAAAAGGAAGAGUGAAGAGAUGGAUGAGGACUUUGUGAAAAACGAAAACAAGAAAAAUGCGAAAUCUAUCCCUUCUACAAGCAACAAAAAAAUGAUGCCUACCACAAAUUCAUUUAAAAAAGAAUACUCAUUAAGAAAGCAAGAAUCUGCUUCAAGUACAAAGUCAGUUAGAAAGGAGGGAACCCUACAAAAAAUUGGAGACUUUUUUCAAGGUUCGCCUACUAUUAUUCAUUCUAAAGCAAAGAAAUUGAUUGCGACGAUAAGCUCUCCUAAGUCUACCGAACCCCAAAGUCUCAAAGAAAAUGAAAUCAAGUCGAAACGAGCCAAGAGAAAGCUGUAUUCAACUGACGUUUCUGGACCUCUAGAUAUCCCUGCUUCUUCAAUUUUUAUAGAACAGAAAGAAAAGGAAAGCGACCACCUAAUCAUCAAGCGACGCCUACGAUCAAAAAGGACUAAAUAA